AUGUCACUCUAAUCUGAUCCCUUAUCUCCUAGAUUGAAACCAUCUUUGGAAUCAGAUGCUUUAGAAUAUUCACUUGGUAUUGUAUAUACUUUGAGUAUAUUUUUGAAGAAAUUAGAUUAGUAAACUUCUGAUAAGUUCAGUCCAGUAGAAUUAAAAUCAGGAAUUCUAAUAGGAUCAAGAAACUGGAGAGUUGCAUUUACUGGAAGUACUUCAUCUAUAACUACUCCUUUAAAAGUUGUAUUUGAGGAACUAGAUGAGGCAUUACUGCCUGAUGCAGGUGCUUCUAUACCUUUAAUGAUCACAUUAAAAGUAUAAAUUGAAGUCAUUGGAACAGGAUUAUCAUCUUUUAUUGUGAUAGUAACUGGAUAAGUGGCAUCCUUUUCUGUUAUUGGAGGUGAUAUGGUUACGGCCAUUGAUGAGAAUUUUAUGAAACUAGAUGCUUAGCCAAUAUUAGCAGUAGCUGUAUAUCCAUCUAAGUCCUCAUCAGUUACUGUCCCUAAUGAAUACUUGAGAGAGGUGCCUGCUAUAACUGUCUAAUCCUUCGGUGUUUUUAUUUUCUGGCAAAAUAUGUUCGUGGUAGACUCAAAUGUAUAUGUUUACCCUGCAAAUGUAAUCCAAGAUGGCAAAGCAGCACUUGAAACCAUAGUAGUUGUGUAGAUAAUUUAUCCAGUUGUCAAAGUACUGUGA